CGGACAGUACGCUUCAGGUAAGGGGAAGGCUUCAGUUGUUAUGGCUUGUGAAAAUAAAGGGUUAUAUCGGUUGCUUUGGAUUCCAUUUCCCUUAUUUGUAGUAGCUGGUGUAUCGUUACCGUUGUUUGGCCUGAUUAUUUGCUUCUUUGUAUCGACAUACAAUACUUUCGAUGAGGUUACGGAAUCCGUGUGUGGGGUCACCAAUUUUGUUCCAUCUAUCAGUGCUGUCACUGGGAUAAAACCUCAAAUAUAUUUAUGGCGCUACACAGUUGGGCUGCAUAGUGCACCACGUUUACUCCUUGCGUUUAUAUAUCUUCGAUACCAUAUGUCUUAUCACAAAAUGUUCAACCAGUCAUUGAUUUAUAAAAUUUUGACUGUUGUUGCAUUCUGUCUCAACCUUCUAGAUGUGGGUUCGUUUGUGGGAGUGGCUUUUGUAUCUAACCAAGAGAAUUACCCUCUCCAUGAACAUUUGUUCAUCGUUUUCCUGAUCGCUUCAACUGCCUAUAUGAUAGUCACUCUAGUGGUUCAUUGGAUAAUAGGGAUCACUUCUUGCACUCCGAGAUUCAAAUAUUCUUUUAACCUGAAGUCCCUGUUUUUCGGACUAGAUGUUUGCUUAAUCCUCUUGUUAGUCCACCAGUUCUACAACCAUAGGUUUGCCUGUAAGGCAAACGCAUUUAGUUGGUUUUCAGCUAGUGAAUAUGGUAUCGCAAUUGCUAAUAUGGGAUUUCAUCUAACCGCUGCAUAUGACUUUCAGGAUGUGGCUUUAACAACCAUAACUGUUAAACCUUCUACUGAAUAGAUAACUUUUUUUUUGUUGAUAAUCUGGUAUCUUUCCAUUUGUUAUGGAAUCAUUUGGCUUCCAAUAUUUCUACCUGUUACCUUUUAAGCAUUGUAAUUACAACCACUGUGCAAUGCUUCUUCUUCUUAUUUUUAUAUACUCAUUGAUUAAAUUAUGUUUGAUACAUAUCUUUCAGUUUAAAAGGUAGUUGCUUAUUAUUUUUUUUAUUGACCAGUAGUUUUUUUUAUUUUACCGAUGCAAAUUUUUGCUGGUAUGAUUUUCCGGAGUUUGUUUUGUGAUCUUACUUUUACGUAAGCUUAUAUCAGAUUAUUUUCAAAGUAAUAGUAUUACCACUAUUACUAUUAUUAUUAUUAUCGUAUUUCCUUGUUUAGCACUAUUAUGUAGUCUGGUCCUUUAAUAAAUAAACAUUUAUUAAAGUC